AUGUCCCAGGCUUCCCCUCAUCCCGACUCUUACACCGCCUACGCCUUCACCGAGGUUGGCAACGGCAAGCUGCAGAAGAUCACCGUCCCUUGGCGGGACCCCACAGACAACGAAAUCGUCGUCAAGGUCCUGGCCUGUGGCGUGUGCGGAAGUGACGCCGUGAUUCCUGAUGGCUUGUACCCCACCUCCUUCCCCCGGAUUCCCGGCCACGAGAUCGUAGGCGACAUCGUCGCUCUCCCCGCGUCCGAGAAGGUCUGGAAGCUCGGGCAGCGCGUCGGCGGCGGGUGGCACGGCGGUCAUUGCCACACCUGCACGCGCUGCCGCGUCGGUGAUUUCAUCACUUGCCAGCACGAAGACAUCAACGGCGUCUUUAGGGACGGCGGGUACGCCGAGUACGCCAUCCUUCGCAGCGAGGCCGUUAUCACGAUCCCCGACGGCCUCGACCCCGUCCAAGCUGCGCCUCUGCUGUGCGCUGGUAUCACCGUCUAUAACUCUCUGCGCCACAUGAACGCAAUACCCCCGGACUACGUCGCCGUUCAGGGCAUCGGAGGCCUCGGUCACCUUGCCCUCCAGAUCGCGAACGCGAUGGGCUUCCGCGCCGUCGCGCUCUCCUCGGGCUCCUCGAAGGAGACACUUGCGCGCUCGCUCGGCGCGCAGGAGUACAUCGACGGCUCGAAGGUCGACCAGGCAGCGGCGUUGCAGGCGCUCGGCGGCGCUAAGGUCAUCAUGUGCACGGCGCCGAACUCGGAGGUCAUGGGCAAGCUGCUGCCCGGGCUCGCCAUCGAUGGAACGCUGCUCUUCAUUGCCCUUGCGAUUGAGCCCAUCACCCUCGCCCCAGUUCAACUCAUUGGCGGCCGGUUCUCUAUCAGAGGGUGGCCCUCGGGGCACGCCGCCGACACUGAGGACUGCCUCGCGUUCGCGAAGGCGCACAACAUCAAGUGCAUGGUCGAGGUCUUCCCGCUCGAGAAGGCCCAGGAGGCUUACGACCACCGCGGGUCUGCGCGUUUCCGCGCGGUCGUCGUUCCAGGGCUCUAG